AAUUGUGUCGAUGCUUAGAGAAUAGAGGAGUUGUGGUGCAAGUUUAUGUUUCCUUACAAGCCCCCAUCCAAAGGAUUGUAUCCAUAUUAUCCCAAUUGUGUCUACAGAAAUUUCACGUUCAACUUCUUUUGUUACGACCCCAAGAAUUCCAGCAUAAGCGUCAACAGUUUUGUCACAGGUCUUUGGGAUGACGAUAAUAACUUCUUUACAUGGCGCCCGGUGGCCGAUGACAGCUGUUCUAUGAAGUGUUGCACAACCCCGAAAGGCUACUAUAUCGAUUACGCAUCGUGCUAUUAUGUAUCAACGCACGACCAAUUUGGAGAAUAUUACGACUCAAACUUCAACUUUAUUGUCACGUGCGCACAUGGCCACGUAAUUACCGGAAUAUCCAAGAAGAUGAACGCUAAUACAGCGACGUAUAGAGUGGACUGGAUUCAGUGCUGUCGUUUGGGAUACGGCAUUCCGCAUAUCGUGUCGCCUCCUGUAAUUAGCGGCCACAGUGGACUUCCGGCAUAUUACGCCGCGGAGCCGUACACUCCGGCGCACAUCCCCAACGGCUACCAGGCCCAGUACCGAACUCUGCCGGACGCAACAGAACCGUCUACGAAUACCACAAGGUUCUCGGCCACACGUGUAUGGUUUCGGAAUAAACCACAAGUAGAAGAAACAGCAGCAUCCGCGGCGUCUGGACAUGUCGUAGUGUCGGAUCGACUUUGAUACACUUAAUGGCGAAAACCGAAUUUAAAAUUGAAUUUUUUUGUUGCUUUUUUUGCGCAAUUGGUGGCUUUACUGUUUACAUGAACAGAUACUCGUACAUUGCAAACAAACGUUUCGUGACGGUUCCUGGCUGCUUUUAUUUUCAAUCGAAUU